GGAGUUUCAGCGCCGCGGCGCGAACGUGUUCGCCACGUCACGCCGAGUCGACACGAUGAAGGGGCUGAAGGAGAAAGGGGUGAACACGCUUGCGCUCGACGUCACAUCUGAGCCGUCCAUCCAGGCAGCAGUCAAGCAGAUCACCAGCCAAACGGGGCGGGUGGACGUGCUGGUCAACAACGCCGGGUGUGGGCUGCCGGGACCACUGGCUGAACUACCCAUGGCGAGGAUCAAAGAGGUGUAUGACACGAACCUGUUUGGGGCAUUGGCGUUGUCCCAGGCAGUGUUUCCCUACAUGCACAAGCAGAGGAGCGGGCGAAUCAUCAACGUUUCCAGUGUUGCUGGUUACACGUACAGGCCCUUCGUGGGGACGUAUGGGAGCAGCAAGGCGGCGUUCAACGCGGUUACCAACUGCAUGCGCGUGGAAAUGAAACCUCUGGGGAUCGGUGUUGUGCUUGUUACACCCGGCUACAUCCGCACCAACAUUUUCAGCCCCAGCACCACACUGAAACGAAGUCGAGUUGACAUCACCAUUGGAAAUGCGUUAUUCCAGCUCGAAGGCGCCUCCCACGUUGACUCGGAUCCAAAUCAUCAUGAAAAUGGAUACGAGUCAUCAGAUUUACCCUCGAAAACCUCGCCGAAACCAGCGGAGGAGCCGCAAAUCGGCGGGAGAUUCUUCGAGGCGGGCGGUUUUGGUUCCUGCGGCGUCCCGGACGUUCCCGACGACGCGGAGUGCGUGGCGGAUCUCGCGGCAUUUCCUGAGCUGGCUACGCGCAGCGGUACCCGCACGGUGCGCCGGUUGGCGUGCCUGGCGCACAGGUGCUCUCCCUCCUCUCACCCUACUCUCACCCUCCUCUCACCCUACUCUCACCCUCCUCUCACCCUCCUCUCACCCUCCUCUCACCCUCCUCUCACCCUCCUCUCACCCUCCUCUCACCCUCCUCUCACCCUCCUCUCACCCUCUUCUCACCCUCCUCUCACCCUCCUCUCACCCUCCUCUCACCCUCCUCUCACCCUCCUCUCACCCUCCUCUCACCCUGUGCUCUCUUGCUGCGGCCACGUGCGGAUCGUGAAAGGCAGAAUCUACUUCCGUUUCGGCGGCUUCGAGUUCGACUGGUUCAAGAUGCGCCGCUUCCUCUUCUCGAUCCUCAUGAUCAAAGAAGCCAUCGCACGCUACAGCCUCCAUUCCCUCACCGCCGAAUUCUUCAUCAACACGUGCGACGCGCACAUCAGCAAAGCCUCAUCUGUCGCAAACCGCCGUGCCGGCCUCCCCAUUUUCAGCACGCACGGCUCCAUCGGCAGCAUCGACAUCCUCUACCCGGACCCGGUGGAUCUGAGCGAAACUUACUUCCGCCGAAGCGAGGCGGAUCAGGUACCUUGGGAGCAGAAGCAGAGCCGUGCGGUGUUCCGAGGGACCAUGACCAAUUUCCACCUGUUUUACGACCGGCAAUGGCGCCCCAGCCCGCGAAUGCGCCUCCACCGCAUGUCAGACGUGCGGCCAGACCUGAUCGACGCGAGGCUUGUGAAGGGAGUGGACCCAGUGUUUCUAGAUGAGCUGCGGGAGGAUGGGAUUAAGAUGGGGGGUCGACUCGGUCCGGCGGAGUUGCAAGCGUUCAAGUAUGAGAUCGAGGUGGACGGUGGUACAGGGACCUGUCGCACGUGCGGGAUUCUGGCAAGCAACCAGAUGAUCAUCAAGCAUGCGAGCGAGUAUUUUGAGUAUUUCUACCCCCUCCUGUGCCCAUACCAGCACUUCGUCCCAACACACCGAUACUUCGAUGAUUUAUUCGAGCGGAUUGAGUGGGCUCGGGAUCAUGACCUCAAGGCGCAGCAGAUUGUGAAGCAGGCCAAUCGGCUUGCAAGGGACGUGUGUACAUGGGAGGGCCGGCGUCUCUACUGGGCGAUUCUCCUCGCGAAAUAUUCCGCCAGCGCGCUCGAGGAUCCUGCCAACGUAACCCGCCCGGCUGUCUUCAAAUGCACGGUCCCUCCAAUCCAAGGUGACGUGGUGAUGCACGGCAUUCGCUCCAAAGAGAAGCCGGAAAAAUGGUACCCCAGGUGUGGGUCUCCAGAGGAAGAUGAGGGGCAGUCCCUGUGUACCCACUGGUGCUCAGGGCGUUUGGAAGAGUCCAAGUGGAAAUGGCUUAGUGCCGACAUUCUGAGUGGAAUUCAGGGCUUCAAGCCGCAAAUUCCCGGAAAUAAGUUCCGAGAUGUGUAA